AUGCUAUAUGGUGUGGUUAGAGCUAUGGACCUUGUUUUGGUUCUAAUGAUAAUGGUUAGCACGAUAUAGUCUGAUUUUCAAAGAGGAUAUUCUCAAUUGGAAAGCGCAUAUUUAUGGGAUAAAUAUGAGGAUAAGAGAUCAUCUCAUUUAUAUGGAUAAGAAUCUCCGAAUCUUACUGAAUGUGAAAUAUUUGAAUUACAAUUUUCAUGA